AUGUCCAGAAACUGUUUUGUUCCUGGAUGUCGAGAGGGCUACAAAUCGAAAAUUAAGUUGAAUAAAUGGCAAGGAAUAAUAAAUAAAACAAUGUUUAAGGCGCCCAAGGAUGUACUUCUUCUGGAGAAAUGGGCCAAAGCUAUCCCACGAGCUGAUAGAGAAUUGCGUCCUGGGAUUGAUAGUGUAUGCGAAAAACAUUUUGAUGAAACCUAUCUCAAUAGAUAUUUUGAAACCAAGUUGCCUGAUGGCUCAAUAAAUCAAAUAAAAAGAGAUAGAAUAGUAUUAAAAAACAAUGCGGUUCCAUCAAUUUUCCCAGAUUUGCCAAAGUAUUUAACUAGAAAGAGACCAAUUGAAAAAAUGAUUGCAGAAAAAAAGAUACUUUUUAAUGAUAAUAUUUCAAAUACAACUGACCAUGUUUCUGAAACUUUUAACAAUUUAUACGAUCAUUUAAAAAAUAUGGAAUUACCUGAUGAAUGGUUUUUUACUUAUUUGCAUAGGUCAUUGGUAUUAGGUAAUUUAGAUUCAAAUUAUGAAUUAAUAAAAAAAAUUAUAAUAUCAAACAAUGAUUUAAAUCUAAAGGUAUUCAUUAAAAAUAAGUUAAUUAAUAUAACAUGCACAUCAAUUACAUGUAUUGAAGACAUAACAAAAGUACUAAAAAAAGUUGAUGAUUUUGUAAUGUGUCCUGGAACUGGAAUUGAUAAUUGUCCAAAAUCUGAUCAAUGUUGUGAGUACAUAAAUUUAAUUUCAUUGAAUCAAGUUCGUAAUCAACGCUGUAGUGAGUGUGCCAAAAAAAGGAAAUAUUUUAUGGAUUCUCAAAGAGUUUCCCAAGAACAUAACUACACAACACCUUUAAUUGGAAAUAUAGCUGUUACAACUUACAAGUGA